AUGAAUUCUGGCUGCAAACUAACAGGUUACGCAGGGCGUACCUGCAGCAGAGAGUGGAUCAACGGACCUAUAUGUAUAGGGAAUGACGCCGGCGUCGUUCCCGAAGCCGUAGCAGCAGCAGCAACAGCAGUAGCAGCAGCAGCAGCGAUCGGAGGAGGAGAAGAAAAAAUAGAAGAAGAAGAAAUAGAAGAAGAAGAAAUAGGAAUUAAGGUAAAUACUAAUUAA